AUGGGCUCGAUCAACACAACAGACGAUGGUUCGAGAUUUGUUCUGACUGCAGAGGCUCUGAACAAGGCCCUCCCUACUAUGCAUCCUACUACAAGAGCUAUUCACGCGGAUGAUUUUGUCACCCCUCAUCGCGCUAUUGCCCCUGGUAUGCACACGGCAGUGAACUUCCGCUAUGCACGAGACCCUGAGCACCUGGUUCCAGAGGAAAACAAAGAUCCAAAUGCCCCUGAUGACUCUCAUGUCUACUCCCGCUAUACUGCGCCGAACUCAAAGCGCUUGGAGGUUCUGCUGCGUAGCCUCAUGGGCGGCGAGGUAAUCACUUAUUCUACCGGACUGUCCGCCUUCCAUGCUAUGGUGAUCCUUCUCAACCCUAAGAAAAUAUUCAUUGGUGAUGGAUACCAUGGGUGUCAUGGCGUUAUAGACAUCAUCCAGCGACUGUCAGGCGUUCAAAAAUUGGAGUUGACAGAUAUUGACCAAGCCGGUCCCGGCGACAUCAUUCAUGUUGAAACACCCCUCAACCCAACUGGCGAAGCCCGAAAUCUUGCCUAUUACCGAGCCAAAGCAACCAAGAAGGGCGCCUAUUUAACUGUGGACGCUACAUUUGCGCCUCCUCCCCUCCAAAAUCCGUUGGAUCUCGGAGCCGAUAUUGUGAUGCAUAGUGGUACCAAGUACGUUGGUGGUCACUCCGAUAUGCUCUGUGGUCUCUUGGUCAUUUCUACAAAGGGGGUAGAGAAAGGAUGGAUGAAGACUCUACACACGGAUCGUCAAUACAUUGGAAGUGUUAUGGGAAGCUUUGAAGGCUGGCUGGGUAUUCGUUCGGCCCGUACUAUGCAGCUACGCGUGAUGAGACAGGCUGAGACAGCCCAAAAGCUUGCCGCCUGGCUGCAAGACCAAUCAAAGGACCAAUCAUCUCCAGUUGGUAAAGUCAUAAGCCGAGUUCAGCACGCGUCGCUCCAAGCGGAUGAUCUAAAAGAUGGCUGGCUUCAAAAGCAGAUGCCUGGAGGCUUUGGACCUGUUUUCUCUAUCUGGGCUCACAAUUUAGACCAUGCGCGUCGACUGCCGAGCAGAAUGUAUGUGUUUCAGCAUGCAACUAGCCUUGGAGGAGUAGAGAGCUUGAUGGAGUGGCGAGCUAUGAGUGAUGCAAGCUGUGACAAUCGAUUGCUAAGAAUAAGUUGCGGCAUUGAGGAGUUUGAAGAUCUCAAAGCGGAUAUCUUGCAAAGGGUGGAGUCUCUCGUACGUGAAUUUCCUUAG